GACUCGAGAACGUCACGCUCGAACGUCCAACUAGUAGAAGUUGGUUAAUUUUCGCAGAGCGCUCCCGUUCGGUCAAAUCGAGUCGUUUUCCAUUGCCUUUUCCUGUUCGAUUGAAAUUCUUUUUCUGGCUUUCUUCGUGGUAGUGCAAUUUCGAAGAAUUCGGAGCGGUUUUAGAUUACAGCUGAGUCUUUACCAACUGGGUGGUACCGACUACACAGUCCACACAGCUUCUGUUACUUCCGUUUUCAACUCCCAAUGGUUUAACGCCAAAGGGAAGCACAAUAUGGCUAAACAAGCUCAUAUCCCUUUCCUUGAAGAAUGGCUGAGGAGCAACAGUGGUGGUAGUAGCAACAUCAUCUCGAAAGGUUCUUCUUCCUCUUCUGCCCGAGCCAUCAUUCAAGCAUGGUCUGAUCUUAGAGACUCUCUUCAACAUCAAUCAUUUAGUCUCCUUCACCACCAGUCUCUGAAGAUACUGCUUAAUUCCCAAGCCUCACUUUAUGUGGCUGACCCCCAAGCAAGGCUGCUUCUUUCUAUUCUAUCCUCCACAAAUAUCUCCCUUCCUCCUGAAACUUACCCUCUUUUUCUCAGGCUUCUUUAUAUCUGGAUCAGGAAAUCGUCAAAACCAUCUCCAGUCCUAGUUGAUUUGGCCAUUAAAUUUCUCUCUGACCUUCUAUCUACUCAGUUUGAUUUCAGUAAGAACUCUUUCUUCUUCUCUGAAAUAGUUGUCCUCCUGGGUGCCUUUUCUCUUGCGUCUUCUGUGUCAGAAAAAUCCAAAACCCUGUGCUUGGAAUUGCUCUGUGGGCUACUGGAAGAGGAAUACCAAUUGAUAGGCUCAUCUGAGCAGCAUGUUCCAAAUGUUCUCGGUGGUAUUGGGUAUGCUCUAUCUUCUACUGGAAAUGUUUAUUUUUCCAGAAUUCUGGACUCUCUGUUUGAAAUUUGGAAUAGAGAAGAUGGGCCUUGUCGUACUGUCUCUAAUGGGCUCAUGAUACUGCAUUUGAUUGAAUGGGUUUUAUCUAGCUCCAUCAAUUCCAAUUCUUUGGAGAGGGUUGAUGUUUUUACCAAAGAAGUUUUAGAGACUUCAAAUCCUCAUCAUGCUUCAUUUGCCACGGUCAUGGCUGCAGCCGGGGCUCUGAGGGUUUCAAGUAGAUUUUCAUCAAAUGCUCUGAGGCGAUUAAGAGUUUCCGCAGAGGAAAAGAUUGAAACUGUAGCAAAAGGCUUGAUUCCUGAUACAGGAGAUUUGAGUAAAUCAGGUACUGAUCCUGAAAAGAGUCUUCUCCUGAAGUGCAUUUCCUUGGCUUUGGCUAGAAGCGGUUCUCUUUCUUUUCGAGCUCCUCUGCUUAUAUGCCUUGCUUCGGCAUUACUGACUGAAAUCUUUCCCUUAGAAGCUCUGUAUACAAGGGUUCUUAAAUUGCAACCGAGGAAUUUGUCGCAAUUGGGGAUUAAUGAGGUCAAAGAACAUCUAGACAGUGCUCCUUUUAAGGAAGCGGGGGCCAUGACAGGUGUUUUCUGUAAUCAGUAUGUUUUGGCAGAUGAAAACAGCCAGAAUAGGGUGGAGAAUCUGAUUUGGGGCUACUGUCAAGAUGCCUACUUGGGACAUCGGCAAGUUGCUCUGACGCUUCGAGGUAGCAACGAUGAGUUACUAGGGGACUUAGAGCAGAUAGCUGAAUCUGCAUUCCUUAUGGUUGUAGUAUUUGCAUUGGCUGUCACUAAGCAGAAGUUAGAUUCAAAAUUUUCCCGUGAAAUGCAGAUGGAGAUUUCAGUUGAGAUAUUAGUAUCACUUUCUUGCAUGGAGUAUUUCCGGAGGAUUCGGUUGCCAGAAUACAUGGAUACAAUUAGAAGUGUAGUUGGUACUGUCCAGGAGAAUCAAUUAGCUUGCAUCUUGUUUAUAGAAUCCAUCCCUCCUUAUUCAGAAUUAACUAAUCAACCAGGAUCUUCCAGCUCGCAGAUGACAGAACAUGCAUGGUGGAAAGAUGAGGUGCAGACCUCUCGGAUCUUGUUUUACCUUCGGGUGAUUCCAACUUGCAUUGAAUGUUUACCUGUCCCUGUAUUUAGAAAGGUGGUUGCACUUGCACCAAUUAUGUUCUUAUAUAUCGGACAUCCUAAUGGAAAAGUAGCUCGGGCUUCUCAUUCUGUGUUUGUGGCAUUUAUAUCUUCCGGGAAGGACUCUGAUGAGGAUGAAAGAGUUUUACUGAAGGAGCAGCUUGUUUUUUAUUAUAUUCAGAGAUCCUUAGAGGGAUAUCCUCAAAUCACCCCUUUUGAGGGAAUUGUUUCUGGAGUUGCUGCCUUGGUUCGUCAUCUUCCCGCUGGAAGCUCAUCUAUAUUUUACACUAUCCAUAGUCUUGUUGAAAAAGCUCAUGACCUCUGCCGUGAAGUUAUGACUCAAGAGAAUGAUCUGUGGCAGAAUUGGCAAGGGGAACUGGAGCCCUGUAAAAAAUUUCUAGAUUUGCUUUUAAGGCUCCUCUCGAUUGUGGAUAUACAGGUCCUACCAAGCUUGAUGAAACAAUUAGCCCAAUUGGUUGCUAUACUCCCUAGAGAAGGCCAGAACUCGGUUCUCAACGAGUUAUAUGCACAAGUUGCAGAUUCUGAUGACGUAACAAGGAAACCCGCACUAGUAUCAUGGCUGCAAUCGUUAUCCUACAUUUGUUCUCAAGCUAACAGCAGCAGUACAACAUCCAAACGGGUGGAACGUGGAGAAAAGUCUGCUUUUACGAGGAGUGACGAUACAUUAUGUUUGGAUAGAAUCAAUGCAAGGCUCUGAAAGAUAUGGUGCAAUCUCAAGGAACCAACCCAUCAGGAAGCUUCUAGUAAAAAUGAUACGCAAGAGACGCUGACAUCAAGCUAACCCUUUGAGCCAGAGGAAUUCCGGGGUACAUUCGGAAACCAGACCCAAUCGGAAGAAACGGGAAAAUAGUGCCUCCUGUAGUCACUUUUCAAUCUCAAAACCCUCUCCGGCAGAAACUGAGUUGGGUUUUCCCACUCGAUGGUGGUUGAAUUGGUUUCAGUUCCUGCAAGGAGCAAAUCCUGGCCGAAGAAUUUGGUUUUUUGAUAACAUGGUAUUGGGGGUCAAUUGAGGGAUUUUAUAGAGCUAAUUAGCAAAGUAUUGAAUUACAGGAAUGUUGUGUAAUCAGAAGUAUCUCGAAAAUUACCAAUGUGUAGAUGAGGGGGUUUUCAUGUAAUUUGGCCUUUCCUUUUCAAAAUAUAUCGUUCCACAAGAUGACAUGAUCGCGGGUUGAUGUUCCUUUUGCUUUGUACUCUCUCUCAUGGUUAUGCUAAGUUGCUAGCCUUUCUAGAAAUAAUCCUCUAUAACAUUUGACUUGAAUGUCAAUUCUAGGAUUUAGAUAUAGUUUUUUUCUGAAAUAAAAUGAAUACAUUCGUAUUUGUUA